AUGACAAGCCUCAAGUGCCGACUACCACGAAAUCAAGUGACCAAAGAAACUAUUCAUAACUGCCUGAUGGAGACUUUUGGCACUGCAGAUCCUGCUAUGCAACCUUUGGCACUGCAAACAGUCUAUUAUGCUCAUAUGAAUUCAAUUCCCCCAAAAGAAAUGGAACCUGCCACCAGUUGGCUGUUGGCAUUGCGAAAUCCUGUCGACCGUGUUAUCUCAGCCUAUCAAUAUAGCCAUCCAGCCAACUGUCGCGAUCAAGAACUCCUUCCCAACUCCACCAAGGCUUGUACCAACCAUUUCCUGCUAAAAGCGACCGCUACAACCAGGAAGAAAGGACGCAAUCAACUACGAAACGAACGGCGGCAAUUGGCAAAGUUCUUUGUGAAUUGCUUUCCUCAAUCAGAUAUGGAACUCUUUGUGCAGAGUGCCCUGAGUUUUAGUAAAGAUCAUAAUGACGACGAUUGUGCCCGCCUGGCCCGAGACUACAUUAUUGGCGAGGGAUUCCUCUUCCCAAUUCCUCAUCUACGCUACAAUUAUCAUCACUAUCAGAGUAAGGUAUUUGAUGUCUACAAGGGAAAGGAGUGGUUUGGGAUUCGCACAGAACACCUGGCGACUGAUUUUACACAACUCAACCUCCAGUUGGGUGGCAAGAAGGUAGGAGCAACGACCGAUCAGCUCCAAGGUGAACCACAAGGAAAACAACUCAAAUUGACCCACGGAAGCGAGCAGUUCCGAUCCUCGUCGAAACUCUCAGUGCAGAGCUACCACAGACUGUGUUGCCUGCUGGAAGACGAGCUUUCCAUCUACCGAGACCUAAUCCACCGUGUUUGGAACUUGGACCACACCGAAAAAGAUGCAACAAUACACGCACUGGCCGAAAAAUGUGGAAUGCUGCUCAACAAUGAUCCGAAGAAUGCUCCUGGGAAUUGGAAUUGGCUUGUUCUGACAGAGAUUUGGAAUACAUGGAAGAACACAACUUGUCCUACUCUUGCAGGAUGA